ACGUCACCGCUCGCCGGUUAUUCGUAAAUAUAUACUUUGUUGUUCGAUCCCGGUGUGACGCCAUUCACUUACACAAAAUGAUUGUGAAAAUGACUUGUUCCCCGUGGGACAUAUUUGUAAGGGACACUGACGACAACAAGGAAGUUAAAUCUCGCCACAGGAGCCAAUAUAAUGUCUCGCUUCACUGCAAAUGCCGACGGCGGGCAAGUAUCUGUGUUCAAUCCCCGACAGGCAGAUACGGAGAAGAAGUCACACAAGUCGUCAUUUCGACAGCAGAAACUACCCGCAUGGAAGCCCGUUCUCACGACCGGAGCCGUAUGCCUGGCCCUCUUCAUCAUUGGACUCCUCUUCAUCCCCAUCGGCAUCGCCCUGUCGGCGACGUCCGCCAAUAUUAAGGAAGUUAAGAUUGACUACACGGGUAUGGACAAAUCCAGCUCCUGCUUCAGCUGCUGGAAAAGCUCCAGCUGGAACAACACGUGCAAGUGCACCGUCCCCUUCUUCCUGGAUCGGUCUUUUGAUAGCACCGUCUUCAUGUACUACGGCCUGUCCAACUUCUACCAGAACCACCGCCGUUUCGUCAGUUCUCGCCACGACAGCCAGCUGAACGGCAACAUGGAGUCCUUGAUGGAACCGAGCAAGGACUGUGAGCCGUACGCUUUCCGAGACAACAAACCCAUCGCACCUUGUGGAGCCAUAGCCAACAGCAUGUUCAACGACACUCUGGAUCUGUUUCGCAAUGUGCCCACUGUUGGCGACGUCCGAAUCCCUCUGACGGGUAAGGGCAUCGCCUGGUGGACGGAUAAGCACCUGAAGUUCAAGAACCCAGGAGGCCAGGACCAAAACCUCACAACCGUCUUCCAAGGGACCAGCCGCCCGCUCAAUUGGCGCCGGCCCGUCAGCGAGCUAGACCAGGACCCCGAAAACAACGGAUUCAUCAACGAGGACUUCAUCGUCUGGAUGCGCAACGCCGCCCUGCCGACCUUCCGCAAGCUUUACCGCAUCAUCCACAAAACCAAGAAGAUGCCGACUCUUGCACGAGGAAACUACACGCUGCACGUGGUUUACAGUAUCCUUCACCGCGUCCUUCACCCGACCUCUAACCAAAUUUCAUCCGUGCCUCAACCACUUCAAUCAGAUUAUCCAGUUCGGAGCUUCCAGGGCAGGAAAUGGGUGAUCUUGAGCACCUCCUCCUGGAUGGGAGGCAAGAACCCAUUUCUGGGCGUCGCCUACCUGGUGGUGGGCUCUGUUAGCUUUUUCCUGUGGGUGGUCCUGCUGGUUCUUCACCACCAAAACAACAACCUAUGAGGAAUGGAACGCCCAGAUGGUUCUUCAAAAAUCUCCUGUCAGACAAAAGGAGAAAGUUGAAAUAUUUGGAUACUAAUAAUAGGCUUACAGAUAAUAUAACUGUUUUUCCAGUUUUUCUCUGGAAAAACUUUUUCGCAACAUAUUCACGUACAUGUGUUGCUUUGCAAAAUAUCACAGUGGUUCUUGCAUCCUUUUGGUGUAAUAUGCUAGAUACUGUAUACUGUACAGUCAUUAUGCUAGCUCGUUAGUAACCUGGCGUGACUUACAUAAGUAGCUAGCUGCUAGCCCGUUAGUAACCUGGCAUGACUUACAUAAGUAGCUAGCUGCUAGCCUGUUAGUAACCUGGCGUGACUUACAUAAGUAGCUAGCUGCUAGCCCGUUAGUAACCUGGCGUGACUUACAUAAGUAGCUAGCUGCUAGCCCAUUAGUAACCUGGCAUUACUUCCAUAAAUAGCUAGCUGCUAGCCCGUUAAUAACCUGGUGUGACUUACAUAAGUAGCUAGCUGCUAGCCCAUUAGUAACCUGGCAUUACUUCCAUAAAUAGCGAGCUGCUAGCCCGUUAAUAACCUGGCGUGACUUACAUAAGUAGCUAGCUGCUACCCCAUUAGUAACCUGGCAUUACUUCAAUAAGUAGCCAGCUGCUAGCCCGUUAGUAACCUGGCAUUACUUCAAUAAGUAGCCAGCUGCUAGCCCGUUAGUAGCCUGGCGUGACUUACAUAAGUAGCUAGCUGCUAGCCCAUUAGUAACCUGGCAUUACUUCCAUAAAUAGCGAGCUGCUAGCCUGUUAAUAACCUGGCGUGACUUACAUAAGUAGCUAGCUGCUACCCCGUUAGUAACCUGGCAUUACUUCAAUAAGUAGCCAGCUGCUAGCCCGUUAGUAGCCUGGCGUGACUUACAUAAGUAGCUAGCAGCUAGCCCAUUAGUAACCUGACAUGACUUCCAUAAGUAGCUAGCUGCUAGCCCGUUAGAACCUGGCGUGACUUACAUAAGUAGCUAGCUGCUACCCCGUUAGUAACCUGUCAUGACUUGCAUAAGUAGCUAGCAGAUAGCCCGUUAGUAACCUGUCAUGACUUACAUAAGUAGCUAGCAGCUAGCCCGUUAGUAACCUGGCAUGACUUACAUAAGUAGCUAGCUGCUACCCCGUUAGUAACCUGUCAUGACUUGCAUAAGUAGCUAGCAGAUAGCCCGUUAGUAACCUGGCAUGACUUACAUAAGUAGCUAGCAGCUACCCCGUUAGUAACCUGGCAUUACUUCCAUAAGUAGCUAUGCUAGAUACUGUAUAUUGUACGGUCAUUAUGUAAGGCGGUCACCAGCCUUACAUAGCUAGCUGCUAGCUUGUUAGUAACCUGGCGUGACUUACAUAAGUAGCUAGCUGCUAGCCCGUUAGUAACCUGGCAUGACUUACAUAAGUAGCUAGCUGCUAGCCCGUUAGUAACCUGGCGUGACUUACAUAAGUAGCUAGCUGCUAGCCCGUUAGUAACCUGGCGUGACUUACAUAAGUAGCUAGCUGCUAGCCCGUUAGUAACCUGGCGUGACUUACAUAAGUAGCUAGCAGCUAGCCCAUUAGUAACCUGGCGUGACUUACAUAAGUAGCUAGCUGCUACCCCGUUAGUAACCUGGCGUGACUUGCAUAAGUAGCUAGCUGCUAGCCCGUUAGUAACCUGUCAUGACUUACAUCAGUAGCUAGCAGCUAGCCCGUUAGUAACCUAGCAUGACUUCUGGAAGGUUCUGGUUACAAUUUGUCCAGCGAAUGUUUGUGAACAAAGUUCAGAGUCCACACGUUGGUCCAGCGUUGCGUACAGAGC